AUGAAAUUCCUUACGGAGGCAGGGUGUGUUUGCAUUUCUCUAUAACUUCGAGUCGAACUAUCGUACCUAGCUCGUAUGUCUCAAGUUUGAGGAAAUUUACAGCCAAUUCGUCAUCAAAGAUGGUCCGGCCUCAGUUUGGACCUUCUUGCUUCAAGACCAGGCCCCACUCAGAUGGCUACAGCAACAUGACACAUGAAGAGCAUCAUUCCCGAAGUCAGCGAGGCUUCCGAGGCCAACCUGGAAAAGGCCCUUCCAACUGGAGGGACACCAGAGGCAGGGGACGUCCCCAGUUCAUCACAAGGUCCCCGCUGAUGGGAGAGCGAAGAGAGCAACCGUUCAGUCAAUGGAGUUCACCAAACCACAAUUCGUUUCACACGUACCCCUCUGCUAAAGAGCCGUACCAUGGCAACAGGAAGCCUUCCCCGGCCAGGCCGAACGUCCUCCCCCCAACCCAGCCCCGCUCUUCCCCCAUGAGCCCCGCCCGAACCUCCCCAGGCGAGAGAGGGGCGUCCUUUCACGCUCACCAUUCCACCCAUCAUUCCGCCUCGCCACGUCACCACCACGGCCAGCCCCCGGAUAGGUGGCCGGCGCCUCCACUCCACAGGUCUUUCAGGGGCCUCCACAGGGGUCCGAAUCCGUCCCGCGAAGACGCGAGGGGCUGGGGUCCCUGGAGGCACCCCGGCCCCAUGGAGGACACACCCACAGCUCGUGGGGCUAAACGCUGGAAUAGGCGUGGUGGUUUGGCUCACUCGUACGACGGGGAACGCGGGCCCGCCGGGCUUGCCGGUCCCGCCCAAAGGAAACCCCGGGAGUUGUAUGCGAGAGGCCUAUAUCCUGAGAGGUCUUCUGCCGAGCGAGAUCCCAGGAAGCAGCAUGGUGCGAUGGGAAGGGAGAUGAAGGGCAAUGCCCACUACAGUGGAGAGUGGCAGCAGGACAGGAGCGCCUUUCACCACCCUCCGUAUCGCCCCGCCCCGUGGAAAGGAGGCCCGCCCCACGCCCCUUUCUAUCACAACAGCCCUCACGGGAGGCCGGAAGGCCCGCUGCCCCAACGCAAGAGGUGCUUCCCGGAGCACGACAACGGCAGUGAACACAACCAACCGAAGCACCCCCGGAGAGACGUCCCGCACUUCGUCACCAACGGCCCCCGGGCUUUCGGCGGCAAACCCCUGUCCCUCAGGGACAAGAGCCGCAUCAUAAAGGGCCGCAAGAUGAGGGCGGAGUCCGUGAUGAGGCUCAAAGCCCCGCCGCGGACCCGAGACGAAGAGCCCGCGACCGCCCCGAAGGCGCGCCCCCAGGAGGAAGGCCCCCAUCGGUCCGCGUUGGCCAUGCGAAAGGAGCGCUUCCAGGAGAACGCCGAGCCCCUGAGGAAGAGGGCGUCGAACAAGACGCGUCAGUCACCCCCUAAUUCCGACGGCAAUUCGAGCAGGUCCUCGAGGGACUCGGAGUCAGCCAAGGAACAGGGGGCGUCUGGUCAGGCCUCGAGAGAACACAGCUCCUCCCCCAUAGACAGGUUGUCCAAGGACCUAGUCGUCGUGUCCCAAUGGCAUGCUGCACCAAACUCCAGCUCGGACGAGCGGUCCUCCUCCAGGGAGAGAACUUCCAAAACCAAAACUGAGCGCCAUUUCACCUCAGAUGGCCACCCUAAGCCGAAAGAACACUGUUCCACAAUUCAUGUCGUCCAUACUUCACCAAAAAACCACAGAGGCAGAUAUUUUGACAAUCAAAGACAGGAAAACAUGCAAGAGGAGCACCACAGGUCUGGUAGAUCCUUCAGGGAACCAGGACCGCCACAGAGACCUGGCUUCUACCCUGGUCCAAGGAGGACAUUCUCUGACCCAGCAGGACAGUUCAGGAAGCCUCUCAUGGGGACGUUCGUGCCAAGGCAGUUCCCCAAUCAGAAACCGGUGUUCAGGAAGAGCCAAAGCAUCAUGUCCAAGUACCGCAACAUGCAGACGCUUCGUCAGAGAGUUCCCGACCAACGGGAAGGGAACAACCGACGCUGGUGACGCUCCUGAUCAAUUGGGAGGGUUAGAACCACUAUGACCAGACCUGAACAAGAGAAGGACUGAUGAUUGCAUCCGUCCCUCAGCCCUAGAAACGAUCUCUCUGUUGACCUCUGCCAGGGCUCAAUGUACUAAUACACACAUCCCGAGUCUUGCCAAGUUAUGUUGUUGACAGCAUAGAUUUUUGGUACAGUUUUGUGUUCAAAUGGCUCAUGUCAGUCCAGUUUUUUGGUAUUGAGUAAUAGCCUUCUAUAUCUUCUGUCAGCUAGUUUUACUUCAACUACUUUGGAACACCGUUAAAAGACAAGGGUUGAAAAGUUACUCAAGCUCAACUGAUCAAAACAAAAGGGGGAAAAAAAGAAACGUUUGUAAGGGUCACUUUCAAAGCAUUUUUUUUUUUUACAUUCACUUACUCUUGCUGUUGAUCCAGUUUGGGGAGAAUGAUGGUUGAAUUUUUCAUUCAACCAGACAAUACAGUGAUAAAUAUCAGUUCUGUAUAUCAUUGUAGUUCAGAGAGAACAGGGUUAUUGAGAAUUGAGAUAUUUGGAUGGGCGUAAUCUCAGAAGUCCUAAUGGUUGAGAUGAAACUCUGCCCGCUAAUGUUGGUUAUCUGGGUAAAUAUUCUAUUUUGUACGGAUCAAGAAAGUAACUCGACAACCUUCUUGAUAAGAGUUCAUGAUUGCCUGCUCACAGUUCUCCACCAUUUGAUUGAAAACACGUCGAUGUAAAGAUGGAAACUGUUAUAAGAUGACGGUCUUCCAUUACCUAUUUUUGCAGGUUCUCUGUUUUUAGAAGAACAAUAGACAUUGUUUCGCGAAUGCUCCCGGCAUUUAAGUGACUUUCUUUUUGGUGUUUAAAGGAUGGCUUUUUGAGGGUUGGUCAGAAUAAUCACGUUCAAAAAGAUUUAUUUGUGAGUUCAGUGUGAAUCCCAACCUGUAUUGGGUGUUUUCUUGCUUGUCGUGCCUAUGACUAUAUUCUUUUGUUUGAGAGACUUUAAAUAAAUGUCUAAACUUGAAA